UGCAAAAUGUUAGCUCUCUUUCGCACCAAUCACUUCGGGUCCCGAAUGAAAAGAAGUGAGAGGCAGCGGAGCUGGGGUGUAGCUGGGCGCUGGUUUGAACAUCGCUCCCUGGCUCCGCUGCAUAAAUAAUCAUAAAUAAUCUCUCUCACCUCAUUUGAGCUACAGCGAGAAGCAGAAGCCGGCUGCCCGAGUCUUUCCUCAGCAAACCUAAGGGGCUCAUUCGGAAAGGCAGGACUGAGCACUCUGUUAAUGACUGACAUCCUCGAGGAAAUACUCUUGCUUGCUAUUUGUUUUUUGGCUGCAUCCCCCGCUUCCCCCCAUCCAGCUGCGGCAGUAUCUUGAUGGGGAAGCUGAUCUCCAAAGGCUGGCGGAAAAGAGAUGCUCGGGUUAUCAUGCUGGGGCUCGACUUUGCUGGCAAAUCCACCCUUCUGUACAAACUGAAGAGCAGCCAGGCUGUGGAGACCUGCCCCACGGUGGGAUUCAACGUGGAGUCUCUGAAAACACCCUGUGGCAUAUCCUUCACCCUCUGGGAUGUUGGUGGACAAGACAACCUGCGGGCCAGCUGGCAAAACUACCUGGAGGACAUCAAUACCCUCAUCUUCGUGCUUGACAGUGCAGACAUGGCCAGGCUGGCCGAAGCAAUGACAGCACUGGAGGAGGCCCUGAGCCAUCCUGGCAUGGCUGGCGUCCCUGUGCUCCUCCUGGCCAACAAGCAGGAUGUGCCAGGAGCGCUGGCACCUGCCGAGCUGGGGGAGAUGCUGCAGCUUGGGGGGCUGGCAAGGCACCGAUGGAUGCUCCGGGGGUGCAGUGCCCACACUGGCCAGGGCCUGCAGGAAGUCCUGGCCAUCCUGGGAAUGCUGCUGCGGGGCUCAGAGCAGAGCUCCCUGUCCCAGGAGCAGCCCAUCAUGGGGCUGGCAGAGAGGAGGCAAGCUCCAGAGCAAACCUGAACCUCACAUGGACCUUUCCCACUCACGGCUGCCAGCAGGUUUGUCACUGAGGAUUCCAGCCUCCAGCCACCUCCUACAAGGAGCAGAGGUGUGGCUGGCACACACUGAGAAACACCCAACUCCUCACCACCAACACCCACCAGGAGGAUCUCUGAGCAAAACUCCCAUCAUGGAGCAGUUUUAGCCACAUCUCUUGAACUCUCAUCUCUGGCUGCAUCUUGCCCCACUGUCACCAUGUUCCACUCAUCCACUGCACUUGUGUGUCCAGAGGUUCAGCGAGGAUGCUUUUCAACAUUCAUGAAUUAUAACAGAGAUGUGUGCAAGGAACAGAAGUUUUCUUCAUUCUGCAUCUCCCAACCCAGAUACAUCCAGAUGGGACUAUCCGCACACGGGGGGAGCUUGGAUGUGCCCCAUGCUGCUGCUCUCUCAGCAUGAAUCACAUGGUUAUUGGCUGGGAAUGCAGGAAGGCAUUCUGAAAAGAAUGGCUGAACAGGAGCAGCAUAAUCUCAGGAGUUCAAAUGGCCAAGCAGCUAAUUGGUUUUAGUGUGGCAUCUACAGGUAUAAUCUUCAAGCCAUGGAAGCGAGCCGGGAUUUGAUGGUGUAAUGCAGUUCAAGGAUAUGUGUAUGCUAAUUUAUGGAUUUCUUGUAAUGGUUCUUUCUUUCUCCAUUCAUCAUUUUAAUCAAAUAAUUAUUUAAUGAAAAUGGUCCCUCAUUUUCCUUGGAUUAUGUUUAAAUAUAAAGAAAUCUGAGAUGACUUUAAGAUGCUUGGAAAUAUGUCUCCAUGGCCAGUCAACCUCUAAAUACCCUCAUCACGGCCUGAACAGCAAAGACAAAACCCUGUCUCUCAGACUUUUGAAACUGCAUGAGACCACUCCACAUGCAUUGGUUGGUAACCAUGGGCACCUAUGGGCACAGGCACAAUGGUCUCUCCACACUCAGCUGUGUCCAGGGCAAAUGAAAAUGCCCUUGGCAGCUCACAACAAGACCAGGUCCCAUGGCAGUGAUGGUCUUUGUCCAAUCCUGCUCAACCUACCUUUGGAAAGACUUACAAAAUGCAUGUCUGGGGGCUCCCUGUAUCCAAGAUUCUGUUACCCAGAGUUAAAAUUAAAAUAUUUCAUCGUAGUCCCUGCCUAAUUAUGAAAUGAAUGGGGGAAGGGGAGGGAUAGGAUACAUCAUUUUUAUUUUAAUUUUCCAUUUCUGUUUCUGUUCAGAAAUCAGCUGCUUUCAAGGAACGGCAUACUUAGCCUAGAAACACCAAGGAGAAAUAUACAGCAAAAUCCUCUUCUGUUCAUACCAGAGCAUUUUACAGUUGUUAAGGGAUUAAUUGUCCAGCUGUUGCUGCUGCUGUUAUUAGCUACACUUCAUAGAAGGCAGCAGCUGGAAUAGAGAGCUCAGUCACAAAAAAACAGAAUCAGACAUUUAUAGGAAAGCCUCAAUAAAAGAAUCGUUCCCA